AUGAUCCGGCUUCUACCUCCCCGGAAAUUCAGCUCGACAGGACGAGCUCGCAAAGACAAGGAAACACGCCUGAUUUGCCAGCACCAAUAUCGUCGCCGCUACUGCCAAGUGGCUAUACCGCUGCCUUUCCUCGGCAUAUCUGGCAGACAUCAAGUGAAGCUGGUUCAAACGUGGAAGGAUGUCAAAGGAUUUGAGCACCACUGGCUGUCAGACAAAGACGCCGACGAAUUUGUACGGGAGACAUUCUCGACCACACGACCUUCAUUAGUGAACUUCUGGAACGACCUCUCUUCGAAGAGCACGGGGUCUUCUGCUCCGCGGAACGCCCAAGCCCCAAACAACAAAUCAGCUAUUGUCUUCGACAGUACAGCUUCCUCUGCAAUUAUAUUGCGAGCAGAUUUGCUUCGAUACAUGCUUGUGUUCGCUCGUGGCGGGGUUUACGCAGACAUUGACACAUCCGUAUUGCUACACGUUGACCGUUGGAUUCCCGAGGAUCUGGGAUCUCAGAUCAUCAAUGCAGUAAUAGGAAUCGAGUAUGACGACACGACGUACAAAAUGUUCGCUCGUCCUAUUUCCUUCUGUCAACGGACUCUCAUGGCCAAACCAAAUCAUCCAAUCUUUGAUCGUGCCAUCAAUCGGGUCAUGUCCAACCUCGAAUUUCUGGCACGACGCCAGAAGGUUCAGAGUUUAGCUCAACUCGAGCUCAACAAGCUUGAUGUUCUUGAAGCAACAGGCCCAGGUAUGAUAAGUGACGUUGUGCUUGAAGUGAUACAAGAUCAAUUGCCAGACCAGAAGAUUUCUUGGGCAACAUUUCAUGAUCAGAAGCAGGGUAGGCUGUUCGGUGAUGUUCUCAUACUUCCGAUCAAUGGAUUUGCUGGUGGUCAGAAACACUCUCAUGCAGGAGAUCCGCUUUAUGGUCCCAAGUUAGUUCAAUAUCAUUUCGGGAGAAGCUGGUAUCAGCCACAAAAGCCUGCAAACGCGAAAGGAUCAUAG